AUGGCCCUCCUGUCGCGGCCAUCUCUCCGCGGCUCUGUGCGACGGGCGCCUGAAGAACCUGCCGACGGUCUGGCACCGCCGACAAAGAAACCGCGCAUCCAAGAAAAUGGCGACCGCCGCAAGAGCUCUCCCGAUUGUCUCGACACAAAGGAUCCUACGACUGCAAACGUCCGUGCCAAUUCCCCCUUGAAACCUUCGCGCCCGCGCGCCUCCAAUCGCACUCGCCGCGACUCCUCUUCCUCGGUAGACUCCAGGCAAUGGGCGACCCCGGCGACACGUACCAAUGGAAAUGGGAGCUUCAAGACCCCACGCGCCCGUCGUGAUCAAGGAACCCCUUCCGGAAAGGAUUUGUUACGCGACCUCUAUGAGUCGCCAGAUCCAUUGGACACGAUCUCCCCAGCGCCGUCGGUCGCGAAGCCGCGCACCGCCACCCCGGCGAAUUUAGACUCGAAAAUCAAACCGCCCAUUUCGCCUGUGACCCGCACGACUCGUCGAAAUGAGAAUCGAUCGCUGACUGACGCUGACGAAAACGCGAUCAAGGAAGAGGGUGGCGUGGAUGGUGCGACUCCGACGCGAGGUAGCAAGAGCAAGGCGCCUGACGUUGAGCAGCCUGCAUCGGAAGACAAACGGUCGGAAAGACGGUCGUUGCGUUCAACCGAUACCGGACUACGGUGCAAGAGCGAACUUGCGCAGUAUUUCCACAACUAUGAACAGAUUAUCAGUCUGGAAGACCCCGAGCCUGAAUUCCUCGCUGCCAAAACAACCAUAACUCUCGUGGAGGAUCUAUCGCAACCACCACCUUUCUCCCCCAAGCCCGACCCUACACCCUUCGGUAACCCGCUACUCAAGCUCUACGACUGUGAAAAGAUCACCCUCCCCAAACCCGUAUCAAACAAACCCGUAAUCGACCCAUUAGGCGAGGAUAUCUAUUUCCGCGCGCACCGCAAGUUCGAACGACAAGAGAAACAACUCCGCAACAUCGAGCGCAACCGCGCCCAACACGAACAGCAAGUCCUAGAGCGUCUCCUGGACGAGCUACGCGGCCAUGACUGGCUGCGUGUGAUGGGCCUGACGGGAGUCCACGAAAGCGACAAGAAGCUCUACGAGCCGAAGCGCCAUAUAUUAAUACAAGAGCUUGUUGCUCUGGUCAACAAGUUCCAAGCAUGGAAGGACGAAGAGCGUCGUCGCAAACUGGAAAAGGAAAAAGCACACCCUGUGCCAGGCACCGAGGUAGCACCCAAUGCCCUGCCACGACAGCACUCACGCAAACGAUCCCGUCCUGUUGAAGACGUGGACAGCUUCCCGGCACCGGUGACUGAUUUACAGAGUACGCCAGACGCAGAACCAGACCCAAGCGACGUCGACGCCUUGGCUGCGCGUCAGCUUCACGAGGAAGCUCGGUCAGCGGGUGCCGCUAAACUGCGCAAGACAACGCCGGCUGCUCGCAAGCCCAUCUCCAACUCCGUCCCCAACGCCAACACUGUCAACACCAACGAUCCCGAACUAAAGUCAACCCCCACUCCCAAACGUAAAAAGCCCAACCCAACACCUACUAAACCUCUACCACAGCCGCCAACUCCAACUCCAAUCCAAAAACCUGCUCGACCCCUCCAACAAGCGCCCCUUUCCUACUUCUGGAACCCCGCCCCCCGAGGUGACGGCCCCUUCACGUCAUUCUUCCGCCAACGACAUGUGCGCGAAGCAGCCAUCGCAGCAACAAAAGGUAUCCGCCGCGGUGGGUCUCGGUCAACCCUCGCAUUCGGAUAUCCGGUUCCCGAUCAGACGGAGCGGGAAUUCGAGCUGCCACCGGAUAUUCUGAAUGAGGAUAGUAUUCAGCAGUCGCAGCGGAAGAGGAGGAGGCUUAAGCGGGGUAGUUUGGGGGGUUGA